UUGGAUAAUACUUUUCCGUGUAGAUGGCGCUUCACGAAGUCGUAGUCAUAUAAUACUAUCAUCCGUGCAGGAGGUGUUGACGUGAAUCGUUAUUUAUUUUCUAUCGGUUUCCUUAGAUCCUUGGUAAUUAUGAAUUAAUGAAGGUGUAAUAGCUGAUAGUUACGAUAUGGCUGAGUACCGAUCCAGUUCUUAUUGCGUAUCAUCAGGAGUAGGCAGUGAUUCUGAAGUCAUGGCAGAAUUAGCAGCGUUUCUUGGUCAGGAAAUUCCUGAGGGAAGGAGUAAUCUGGCUGAUAAUCAUAUAAAUCUUGAGAGAGUUGCUGAUUAUUGUGAAGCAAACUACUUUCAAGCAGAGAAUAAGAGAAUAGCUUUAGAAGAGACCAAAAAUUUUACCACUCAGUCAUUGGCUAGUGUAGCCUACCAGAUAAAUACUCUUGCCUAUAAUUUUUUACAAUUGCUGGACUUACAAACGUCCCAGCUUGCUGAAAUGGAAAGUCAAAUGAACCACAUUGCUCAAACAGUUAUGAUACACAAAGAGAAAGUAGCUAGAAGAGAAAUUGGAGUUUUGACGGCGAACAAGAUUACGGUACGCCAGUACAAAAUUAUUGCACCAGCGAAUCCAGAGAAACCUAUUAAAUAUGUAAGGAAAAGUAUUGACUACACGAUUUUGGACGACAUUGGUCAUGGAGUACGUAGCAGCGGUACUCCGAGAAGCAAGCAACGUGGUGGAAGUCAGGGUAGCGUUCAGAGUUUGGGUGCAGCUUCCACUGGAUCUGGAUUAGGUGCUGCAAUGGUCGGGCCAGCUCCUACAACUAAGCCACCUACUCCUCCACAGACAGUAAGAACUGGGACAUUGAGUAAAGGGUCACGAGAAUACAGGACGCCACCAGCUGUUGCUCCACCCCAAGUUCCUAGUCAUUAUGCUCCUAAUUAUCCGCUGGGCCAUCAAAGAAGAGAACGCGGUCCUGGCUAUAGUACCUUACCUCUACAUGCGCACACUACGUCUCAUGUUGCUCAUAAUGCUAAUCACAAUGCACAUGCAACUACUACGAGCCAGCACACUUCACCACCUCAAGUGGGAACAGUGCAUCCAUUGCAAAGUCAUCCCCAAACUCCACCACCAGCACCGCCUAGUGUAACAGCAGGGUAUGCGCAAGAGCAACUCAAUAGCAUGCCGCCUCCACCUUCGCCAUUAGUCGGCAUAAGUGGCAAUACAUUAGACUUUACUAGUUACCAUACGUUAUCGGACAGAUUAAGUCAUCAAAUUACUCGAAGUAGUGGCGCAAGUAGCCCACCGCUUCCGCCGCCUCCGCCACCAGAACAAGAAGAGCAUUCGCAGUUCGGUAGGCCCACGCAAUCGAACGGUGCUAUCAUGCCUAUCGUGCCAGAUGAAGAAGACCUGCCUGGAUGGGUGCCAAAAGAUUACAUCGAGAAAGUUGUUGCAAUUUAUGAUUAUUAUGCCGAUAAAGAGGAUGAAUUGAGCUUCCAAGAAAGUUCUGUAAUUUAUGUGUUAAAAAAGAAUGAUGAUGGGUGGUGGGAGGGGGUUAUGGACGGUAUCACAGGUUUGUUCCCCGGCAAUUACGUGGAACCUUGUGUCUAAUGAGUAUUCCAAAUUCGCAUUUAGAUGUAUCAAAAUCGUGAACAAUAAUUAUUAUUAUUAUUCACAAACGACUGCAAAUAUGAGGGACGUAUUAAGAUUCCUUAAUUUUUAAUAUCCUGUUUAGUUAGAUAAUCGUAAGGCAAUAUUGACGUAAUUGAGGUAUGGUACACGACAAGGUGUAAACAGAUUCUUCCAAUUUCAAAAUAUCAUGCGCAUUUUCUAAAAAAAAUCAAACUAACCAAUCGUCGUAUCGGUAUAAGAAAGUGUAUUUUUUGGUAAAUAGUAUUUCCUUCACUGGGUGUUAUUUUAUCUCAACUUCGAUAGAUCAUAUUUAUAUACAAUAUGUGUAAGGGCAUGUAAUUAUACUAUUUCGCAGAAUAAUCAAUUAGCUAUUAAUCGUAUUUAUAUCAUCUAGGUGUAGUAAGAUAAUGUUAGUAAUAGGUCAUUGAGCAAUCAAAAUACCAAACGUCCUGUUAUCGUGUAACGAAUAUCCUGACGCCUUAUUGAAUAUAAUUUUUGUAAUAUAAAACUGCUUUCACAAAU